CGUCGUCCCCGCUCACGUACAGCACAGGGCCUUCUCUCCAAAAUGGCUCUGCCCCUACCUUUACGUAGUGGUGGCCCGCACAUGUAUGUGUGGACGGCGGUGCGUGUGCGUGUGCGUACGCGUUUUCAUCCCGACUUGGGUCAACGGUGGUGUGCCGUCGCCCGCCCGCCCAUCCGCCCUCCAAGCGCGCUGCUCGAGGUGUCCCUCUCCUUGGAGCAUUUUUAUUAUUUUUUUCCCGUCGCGGUCGUCGUAGUCGUCGCCGUGUUUUUUUUUUCACAUAAUCGGCAUCGAACGCGCCGUCGCGUUCUUUUCCCGCGAGAUAACGGUACGCACCACGCACGCCGACGGUUUCGUGCCGUCGUCGAUUUUGACCGUGUUCGGGGAACAACCGAAAUUAUUCGGACGAUCGUUUUUUUUCCACCCCGGCACGGGGGGCGCAAAACGAUCGCGGCCGGUGGGCCGUGUGCGAUCCGGAGGACGCGCGCGCCUUACGCGAUCGCUGCACAUUAUUAAAAUAUAUAUAACGACGACGUCGACUAGAGGACCGCGGCGCGCGCGUCUCGAGAAAGUACCGGCGGCCGAUUUUUAUAAAACAUUUCCGUACCGAUAUAAGUAGGUCUUGCGGCGGUAUAUUAUAGUCACAUCCUGGUUCUUUAGAAUAAUACAAUUUUUUUUUCUUUCCAUUCCGUUCCUCCGCUCAUUAUACACGCGACUGGAUAGUAGUAGAAAGUGAAAGCGUGUACGUACGGUUUGUGCGACCGUCUAUACUAUUAUAAUAAUAAUAUAUAUUUUAUAUUUUAUUAUUACAUUGCUGGCAAGCGAGUGUGUGUCUGUGUGUGGUGUGUAUAUUUGUUUGUUUGCUUGUAAGAAUUGUACGUACGCGUGUGUGUCGUUCUGGCUCUGUUUGUGCCUGCGUGAGUUACUUUUUGCAAACGCAUUCCUUGUGCGUUUUUCGGGAAGCGACAAAUUCGAGAAAAACCAGUGGGACGGACGAGUAGUAGGUUUAUAACACCGCCACCGCCGGUCGCUCGUCUUUGCCGUAACAUAUCGCGUCAACGGUUUUUGGAUUUGCCUUGUUGAUCGUAAUUCGUAGUGUUCUCGGCGCCGUGUACGAAACGAACAAUCAUUGGUGUAAUGAUAAUAACGUCGACCAGUCUAAAGCGAAAAGAUUGAAGUAUGAAUACUGGAAGUUAUCCUACAUUUGUGACCGCUGCGCCGGCAACUUCGUUUAAUACCUGUUCGAGUGCAAACAUGACUCAAGUGAAUACAGGAAACAAAUAUACAAAUGUUCAACAACAAACUGAUACAUCAAACACUAAUACAGUAGUUAAUACUUCUAAUACUAGUGGACAAGUUGUUGCACUGUUGAACAGUGAUGAAGCAGGUGUAACUUACUUGAGGCCACUAGAUUCAAAUGGUUUUGCUGUAAAUCUAGCUGGAGUUGGGUCAUCUAACCAACAAGGACAAAUAUUUACUAUUCCCAUAACUGUUCCUGGUUCUAAGCCUGGAGAACAAAGUCAAACUAUACAAAUUCAAGUAGUUGGACAAGGCGGUAUAUCUGGUGAUAAACUUUUGCCAGUUUUUGGACCAGUAUUACAACUAGCGUAUAACCAACAACAAGACAAUGGAACCAUUCAACUUCAAUUACAGCAAGAAGGUGAUGUUUCAAAUGACCAAAUACAUAACAACAACAAUGAUUCAAUGCAAUCGUCGGACUUAUUGCAAGACGUUCAAGAGGAUCAAGAUAUGAUACAAGAUGUUAAACCAGUAAUAAUCGAACAAAGCAGCACAGAUAGUAAUGGUAUACCAUUUCCAUUGGCAGUAGUGGUAAAUCAAGAAAUGGUUGUGCGGCGUAAUCAGCAAGACAACAAAAUAAUUGGUGAUCAAAAAGAUAAUCAGGCGGACAAACGAUUAAGAAUUCAAAAUGAACAAGAUUCAGCAAAUCAAUAUGUUAUGACUUACUCAUCUAAUUCAAAUAAUUCUGUUUCAUUGGCUGAUUAUAUAUCUAUGAAUCAUGAUAAUAUACCUCUUGGACAUUUUUUAAAAUUUUCACCCGAUAAUAAUAAAAGAGAUAGUAUGGAAUCAUCUGGUAACCAAGAUGAUGGCACUAGUGAAAUGGUAGUUUACGAAGAUACCAAUAAUGGGGAAAAGGGUAAAAGAAAAAAAAAAUACAAAAAGAAACCACCGGCUGCUCGAAAACCACGACCUGGUCAAAUACAUAUUGCAACUGCCUUAGAUGGUACUCUUCUGUUUUGUUGUCCAGAAUGUAGCAUGGCUUACCCCGAUAAAGAAAUGCUUGAACAACAUUUAGUUGCUCAUAAAAUAGAAAGAAGAUUUAUAUGUGACCUGUGUGGUGCUGGGCUUAAACGAAAAGAACAUUUAGAACGACAUAAAUUAGGUCAUAAUCCAGAACGUCCAUUUGUUUGUAAUGUUUGUUGUAAAGGUUUCAAAAGAAAAGAACAUUUAAAUUUGCAUGCUGUGAUCCACUCAGGCGUAAAGACUGAAGUAUGCCAGGAUUGUGGUAAAGGUUUCUACCGGCGAGAUCAUUUAAGAAAACAUACUCAAAGCCACAUUACUAAACGUUUAAAAGAAGAACAUGCGGCUCUUCAACAAAUGGCAGAACAAGCAACAGUGUCAGAUCGUCAAAAAAUGUCUGCCCCGGAGCUAAUCCAAAAUCAAAGCCAUUCAGGACCAAUCAUUAACUUGGCACACCAAGAAAUGAUAAUUGAUGCUGUUGCUAGUGGAAGAAACGAUAGUCCCACCCCUCCAAGUGAUCAUCAAAUCGUCAUCACCAAAGGCAACCAAAAACUUACUGAACAAGAGUUGAUUAUACUACAGCAGCAGCAAAUUCAGCAGCAACAACAGCAGAUUCAGCAGCAGCAGCAACAGCAGCAGCAGCAGCAACAACAACAACAGCAGCAGCAACAACAGCAGCAGCAACAGCAACCAAAUAGUCCAAAUAUAGCCCAACAAGAGAUGAUCAUUGAGGCUGUAGGACAACAACAUCAAAGUCCAUCUCCACCACAUGUGGAACACCAUCAAGUAGUUAUUACUAAACUAGAACCAAUAGAAGAUUCUAGAGGAGAAAAUGAAAGUAUUGUUUUGACUCAGUCUGAUGCUAGAGAAGCACUUGGUUUACUACACCAUCAAUCUCAAUGACCUAUACUUUCAAUUGCCAAGGUGACAAUUAAACAA